CUAAGAACAGACGGCAAAUGCGUGUUGAUAACAGGUUGUGAUUCAGGAUUUGGAAAUGGUUUGGCGAAGUAUUUAGAUGACUUAGGAGUGAGCGUCAUAGCAACUUGCUAUGAUGACAAAAGUCCUGGUGCCAUAGAAUUAAAGAAGAUUGCUUCCGAUAAACUCCAUGUUUUACGUAUGGAUGUAGGCCAAGACGAUAGUGUUAAAGAGUGCUUAGAAAAAGUAGAAGAAAUAUGUAGGGAGACGGGUUUAUGGGGUGUAGUGAAUAAUGCAGGUAUCAAUUUUCUCGGUGAUAUUGAACUAUGUACAAUGAAGCAAUAUUUAGAUACAUCAAAUGUUAAUAUGUAUGGUAUGGUUCGUGUUACAAAAGCAUUUCUUCCUCUACUGAGAAAAAAAUCAGGACGAAUAGUCAAUGUAACAAGUGUUAAAGCUAGAAUAUCCCUACCAUGUAAUUCUGUUUAUGGCAUAACGAAGUAUGGUGGAGAUGCUUUUUCAAAUGCUUUAAGACAAGAAAUGAAGAAAUUUGGUAUUAAAGUUGUUAUAAUUGAGCCUGGGAAUUUUGGUGGUGCUACUGGUUGUUUGAACAAGGAGGGGACAAGUCGUAUUAAGAAAGAUAUGGAUAUUAUGUGGGAGAAUGCUAGCCAGGAGAUAAAAGAAGUAUAUGGACAGGAAUAUCACCAAGGGUUAUAUAACGCCGCAAAACAAAGUGCCACUACGACUUGUCCAACACUGCAACCGGUUCUGAACGCUUUUAAAGACGCUUUAUUAAAUGAAGAACCUGAAACUCGGUAU